AUGUCAGCCGACAUUGCGGGGCCCAUCCGUGUGAAGGGCAAAGACCCAGAAAGCCGCAACCACCGACCAGCCACGUUCAAGUACUUCCUCGCCGUGUCGUACCGUUUCCCACGGCUCAAAGGAGUGAAGGAGGAGUCUGACCCUACCCAAACCGAGGGGUUUGAUGAUGCAGCACUCCUCCCGGGAGGGACGGAUGACCUUGCAGAUGAGGCCUUUCCGGUAGCAGAAGGCCACCCGCGUGAGGAUUACGAGGACUCCCUGUACGAGCCAAGUUCAGAGGAGAAGGAGGAGGAGGAGGCGGAAGAUGAAGGAGUUGAAGGGCCUAGAGAGUUCGCAGCCAAAGUUGCCGAGGAGCAUCUCUGGGAGUCAGCCAGGUGUGAGCGUGAAACACCGCCUGACAUGGCGAGGCUGGUGUUUGCAGUGCCACUUCACACAAACACGGGUAAGUAUAUGGGGUUGUCACCAUCUGUGAAUGAUGGUCGCAUCGUGUUGCGCAGCGAUGGUGUUGGCAACGGCUUUGUGCAAACACUCCAUGUUCGCACGUGCCUUGUUUCUCCGGAUCCACCGCCUUUACAGUUUGUAGGAGACUCUCUUGAGGAGGAGCACGCACCACCUCCACGCAGGGUUAGCGGCAAGCGGUCCUCUGGUGCAAGACUUGACAACGUUUUUGCAUUCGACCCGCCGCCACCUUUGCCACCGCCAGCAGAAGCUCCACACCCGGAAGGGCCUGUGCCACUGGUUGAGGAGGAGUCUGCCCGUGUAGCGUGCUUGAGCUUGCAAGACCUUGAAGGUUUCGCAAAGGAGCUUCUCGAGGACGACCGGGACCUUGAUGAAGCGUUGAUCCACACACAUGUAGUCCUCCCUUUGAAGCUCCCGCCUAACGGAGGGGAUUUGUGGAUAGAACUCAAGCCUGGUGACCACGUCAGUGGCCCUGUAGAGGAGAGGGUAGACGGCAAAGGCAAGCGCUGGUUAGGGACAACUCACAAGUUGGAGCGUGGCAAGCCCUUCUUCCUAGACCCUACUCGCCGUGACGCCACCACUCCCUGGAAGGGUGAGAGAGCAGUGCUCGUCGCCUACACUGUCAACACGUUAGGCAAUGAACUUGAGCACGAGUUUCAAAGCCUUGAAGCUUUAGGCGUUCCACUCCCAGCGUCGGUACGUUUACCGCUGACCGAGCAGCAAGACGUGAGACGUCUAGACGCGUUCGACUGCUUCGAAGAAGAGCCCCUUCAGGAGACAAAGGCACGUCACCCUGACGGGAAGACUUCUGAGUUAGCAUCUGGGACUGCGCUCAAAGGCGGAGGUUGGAAAGAAACCCAAGCCGUAGAAGCAGGUACUGUAGAGCUGGAAGUGUCGUGGAACCUUAAGCACUCACCAGACCAAAGUCGAACGCAGUCUGAGCACGCUCUGCUGGCUUGCCAACCAGACACCGAGACACUGGUUGAGGAGGAGGACGGCCUAAGCGAAGACUACUUCCCGGAGCAACCUGUGCUGUGGGAGCUGUGGGUUCCAGACCCGCAGACAGGUGAGCAGCUGUGCGCUCUCCGGUCUGACGACGCGGACGCGAGUGAAGCGUGUGCCCUUCGCAAGUCUGAGCCGGUUUACACUACCAAUGUGGAGCUGUUGCUUGACGGGUUGCAAGAACCACUGCAGGUAGUCCACACUGUAGACCCUCGGCAUGCAGAGCAAUGCAUCGAGAAGUGGAUGCCGUCCAUUCACGAAGAGAUCGGUGUCAUUGAGAAGGCUGUGCGGCGACUGCCUCCUGCAGAGGUUCGUUCGGGAGGUUGGCUAAGGCGUAAGGAAGUGAAGGUGGUUCCGUCUAAGUUUGUGUUUACAGUCAAGCCACCAGACCCUGUUGAGGGUGACGCUGCCCUCGCUACCGGGAAGGGUCAAGCUUACCACAAACGCAAGCCUCGCUUGGUUGCUUGUGGCAACCACGGCCCAGGCACGGGUUCCGAAGUCUACGCUUCAGGUGCUGCUGCAGAGACACUCCGUUGUUUCGUAAUCAUCAGCUCCAAGAGAAAAUGGUGCAUCGGGUCUUUAGAUGUCACCUCUAGGUUUGGCAAAGGAAGGGGAGCUUUGGAUCCUCACGCACGCUGUGUACGGGUUGAGGGAUUCGCCUGUAAGCUUUGGUCGGACUUCAGGGACUGCCAACUUCGAGCGUUGAAGUGUGUCGUGGACGGAGUUGAGCUGCAGCUCCAGCAAGGAAGGCUGGACCCAAACUGGUGGCGUGUUGUUCGCACCUCCGACGGGGUUGUCGUAGGAGGGUUGCUUACCUACGUCGACUUGCAGGCAGUAAAGAUGUGA